AUGCCAGCUGGCUUGCGAUCUCUUGGGUCAGCGGAAAGCUUACAGAAGGAGCAAGAAGAGCUCAAGAAGCUCAGGAAGGCUGGCAAAGGUGGAUUUGCAAGCCAACUGCGCUCAAAAAACAAGCUAGUGGAAGACAAGAUCAAAGAGCUCGAUGAAAUCCAAUCGAAGCUUGCUGAAAAGCCCCCUCACCUGUCCGCACCUCUGCGCAAUGGCUAUCACGACGAACUCGAGCUCCACCGUGCUUCCUUGAAGGAAGCACUUGAGAAGCUGCAGAACUACUCUGACUCCGCCAACAUGAUCAAGAAGAAGGUUGUGCCCUCGAUAAUUUAA